CAUAUUUUAUAAGGACAAAGAUGUUCGAGUCGUUGUUCUCCACUGUUCUGUUGAAUAUGCUAAAGUCAUUUUCACCCAAGCGCGUGCACAAGGGAUGAUGAAGAAAGGAUGGGCUUGGCUUGUUACUGAUGGCGUAACUUUCACGGGAGGUAAGGCUCUCUUUGGUCCAGAUGGAAGAGUUCCAGAUUAUAUGGUUGGAGUGAUUGGCACUCAGCCGCCAUUAAGAAACAUCACAGCUUUGAGACAGAUGAAGCAAAAACUGGAAAUGAAGCUAGGCCUGACGGUGGACGACAUGGAGUUGCCCGCCGCCGUCCGUGUUUACGACUCUGUUCUCUCAGCAGCCCAUGGUCUUCACUCUUUGCUUGCCCACCAGAAUUUUAGUGCUCCUUCAUUCUUACCGGGCACGUGCUCUAAGGCUUCCCUGAACUCCUGGGAAGACGGCGAAAAGCUUUUUCGUUCCAUUCUCGAAAUCAAAAACGUGAAAGGACUUCAAGGACUUCUGGAAUUCAACAAGUAUAGCUUUUAUUCGCACAUCGGCUACACACUUGUAAAUCUUGAAGCCGGAGGAUUUACCGAAUUUGGAAGAUGGACUUUGGAACACGAUGAGGAGAAGUUGGAAGUGACCUCUGACCCCAUGUUCCCAGGAGGCUCCUCGGCAAUUCCAAAUGAUUCCGUUUAUGACCUUACGAACAAAACUCUUCGAGUUGUUGUAAUACAGGAACCUCCAUUCGUCAAGAAGAAUCCAGAUUACGAUCAACAAGAUCCAAAAAGCCAAAAAUAUAUUGGUUACUGCAUAGAUCUCCUUACGAAACUACAAGAAACGCUCAACUUUCAGUUUUCUAUAUUCGAGGUCACACAAUAUGGCCGUAAACAUCCGGUUACAAAACGAUGGAACGGAUUAGUGAAAGAGUUGAUUGAAGAUAGAGCUGAUGUUGCUGUGGCCCCGUUCACCAUCAGUCACGAGCGCGAGAAAGUAAUAACUUUCACGAAACCAUUCUUUGAUCUAGGUUUAACGAUUCUGCUCCCUCGCAAAAUGUUUUAUAUUUCAAAUCCUCUUUUCGCCUUUCUCUCGCCGUUUGACGCCCUCUUGUGGAUGACGAUUCUUGUCUCUAUGAUUUUAGCCUCAGUCGCUACGUGCGUUUGUCAGAACUUUACUCCUGAAAAUUACCAUAAGAGAGCACUGUCCGCAAAACAUAAAGGUCAUUGCCCUGUGUCCAAAACUAACCAAGUUGAGGGCUUUUCUUUGAGUGAAACCUUGUGGUUGGGAUUUUCUUCUCUAGUAAACCAAACCAUUGAUCCAGGGUUUAUUAACUUCCCAGCUCGUGUUGUGAUUGGAAUUUGGUGGUUCACCAAUGUUGUUUUAAUUUCGGCCUACACGGCAAAGUUAGCUGCUGUCUUCACCGCAGAACGUCUAGUCAUUGGUAAGCCUAGUUAA